AUGUCUGAAGGAUCUUGGGAAAAGCUUUCCCAGGUCGCUGUCAAGGGUGCUCAAUACAACUCUUGUGAGCAUCAGCCCCAUCCGAAAUGUUUGGAAGGGACCAGGGUGGUCCUUCUUAACCACAUCUACAAGUCACUGGACAACCAAGGAAAGAACCAACUUAUCUGGCUGCAUGGCACAGUGGGUGUCAGAAAAUCUGCUGUUGCAUUCACUGUAGCUGAGAGAAUGAGAGGUCUGAAAGUUGUAGAAGGAAGCAAGGAAAGGUGGCUCACAGGAACAUUCUUUUUUUCAUGCAAGCACAUGAAAUGCCGCACAACUGGUUAUUUCUUCAUGACUCUUGUCUACCAGCUUGCAAGCAAUUUUUCCAGCAUCAGGGAGGACAUGAAAAGAACUAUCCUCGACAAUCCUGCAUUGCUAGAUCACGACAUGUCUCUUUGCAACCAGAUGGAGGUGUUAUUUCUUCAACCUCUCUGGAAGCUUCAGCUUAGAUUGCAUGAAGGCCUGCCUUUGACAUUUGUUAUUGACACCCUUGAUGAAUGCAUCAAUGAAUGCAUCAAUGAAGAUGCAUCUAAAAGUGAGCUCACUGAUCUUAUCUCCUUGCUUGGUGAAGCACUCUGUGAUCCUGAUCUGCCUGUCACCCACAUCCUGCUCAUGAGUCAUUCAGAGGAACAUAUCUGUGUAGCCAUGCGCACUGCAGAAAUGCACCCAUUGUUAUGCGAGAUACCAGUGAAGACUUCUGGGGAGGGUGUUACUGCCACCAUCUCAUUGGAUGGCAUAGAUGUUGACAGUGACAUGUGUUUUCUUGUGACAUUCAUUCGCAAAGCUGGGAACUCGCCAUCCUGA